UUAGUUUUUUCUUGUAAUCACUAAAUAAUAACGAAUAUCACAUGAUAGUUUUAGAUUAUUAAUUGCUUUCAUAUGACGAAAUAUUUAAAUUAUUUACUUAGUCAAAGUUAAAAAAUAUUUCAUUACGGGAAAUCAGAUAAGAUUAAACUAGGAUUUUAGGAUUAGGUUUUAAUUUAUUAAUUAACAAGUGAGUGAUUCGUCGUCAAUCUGAAGAACGAGGUCUCAAAAUUUUAGAUUGUUUCGGUACUCAAAAAAAUAUUUAUACAACCAUGGUGUUCAAAAUAGUUUUUCUUCUAGUGAUCAUUAAUUUAUUCAGUAAAAUAGAAUCGACGAAACCAAAAAUUGAAUUUCUUGCUGUGGUGUUCCGUCAUGGCGAUAGAGCGCCUGAUAAUGGACGAGAACAGUAUCCCAACGAUCCAUACAAAAACUAUGAAUACUUCCCGGAAGGCCAUGGAGGAUUAACUAAUCUUGGGAAGAAAAGAGAAUACGAUCUCGGCAGUCAUCUUCGCAGUCUCUACAAUGACUUUUUGGGAGAAGAUUAUACUCCAAAAAAAUUGGCGGCACGUAGUACUGAGUAUGACCGAGCAAAAAUGUCCUUGCAGUUGGUGCUGAGUUCUUUGUAUCCGCCAAAAGGGACUCAGGUUUGGAAUAAAUACUUAAAUUGGCAGCCGAUUCCUUACACCUAUGAGCCCGGUGACAAUGACAUUCUUAUGAUACCUGAAGAAUGUCCUCAGUUUUUGGAAGAAUUGAAGCGAAUUAAAGAACUACCGGAAGUUAAAAAGGAAGUGAAUAAAAUGCGGCCUUUUAUGCAAAAGCUUUCGUUACUGUCGGGUAAAAUUAUAAAUACAACAACAGACUUUUAUGAUAUGUAUCAUAAUUUAAUGGCCGAGUAUAUUAUGGGACUCGAGUUACCCAAAUGGACUCAGGGAAUUUUUCCUCGCGGCCUCUUGUGGGACGGAAUUAUUCUCGAUUACAAAAUAACUCAUUAUAAUGAGAAGCUCAGGCGACUGAACGGCGGAAUGUUCAUCAGACAUUUCACAGACAUUAUGUCUAAAAUAGUAAACAAUGGAACUGAUAAAGGACCAAAGAUUAAUUUAUUUAGUGGACAUGAAACGAACGUAGCAUCUCUUUUGAACACUCUCGGUAUAUUUGAACCGCAUGUGCCCGCGUACAGCAGCGGUGUCAUCGUGGAAUUACUUCGCAACGAGACUGACUACUACGUGGGAUUGCGCUAUUACCUGGGGAUCCCGUCCAAGUCGGUAGAAAAACAACUUCCAGGAUGCAGUAUUCCGUGUCCGUUCAAAGAUUUCAUGAGAAUAAUGAACAAUUUGAUACCAUCGGACAAAGAAAUGAUUUGUCCGAAAGGCGAGUCGCUCUAUCGGGUUGCGACCAUCAACACUGAGGGUCUAGAAUAAUUUUAAUUAGAUCUUAAAUAAUUAUAAUCUUCUAAUAUAAUUAUAUAUAGAUAAUUAAUUAAAUAAAAAAUAUUUUGCUAUAGAAACCACUUGGGAAAAUACCGUCCUGUACCCUGUAAAAUAUAUAUAGGUGUAAUUAAUAUAAUAAUUGUAUAAACAAAAUAUCAUUGUGAUUUAUUACACAUGCAUGAGAAAAUUUUACGUCAA